UUCUUUUUUGAGCAGUCCUUUGAAGAUGCCAUAUAAAUUAAAUGCUCUACUUUUGAAUUUCUAAUUUGACUCAAGAAAAUUAGCUUAAGUGAAAUUAUGGCCAAUAGUUCAGUUUCAAACACAAAAGAAUCAUUGCGUCAGCUUCACCAGAUGGUGUUGCGCAUUCAAGAAGAAAGAAAUCGAAAUGCUGACAACCUUUUGAACAUCAAUAAAACUCAUGAAAAAAUGCGCCAUGAAACACGUGUUUCUGCUUAUUUCAAGGGUAAAUUAAAAUCCCUUUACCGAACAGCUAUUGCUGAUGCAAAGUUAGAAUCUGAAUGUAUUCAAAAGGCAAUGGAAAGAAUUAUUGAAAUAAAAGCACUCGCUAAUGAAAAAACUUCAAAGAAUAAAACAAAGGGUAUAAGUCACACAUUUUAUCAAGAAGAACCAAGAAAAGGUAUACGUCGCGGUGUUUUGAUGUCACUAUUACAACAAAAUGCUAUUAAUUUACCAACAUGGAAAGAUCAAAACAAUGAUCCGCCUGCACUGUGUGGGGCAAUACCUGCUGAAGCAAACUAUAUAUGUCGACCUGGAGAUCAUGUCGCUGCUCGUGUAAAGUACCCUGAUGAAGAAGAGCAAUAUAUUUUAGCAGAGAUUUUAUCCUACAACCCUAUUAGUGGAAAAUACGACAUUGAGGAUAUAGACUACUCAGAAGAAGAAGGAAAAAAUGAAAAAGAAAGGCAUCAAUUAAGCCGGAGGCGCAUCAUACCAUUGCCAUUAUAUAAAGCUGAUCCUCAACUAAAUAUUGAAGCAUUGUUUCAAUUUAAACAGCCAGUACUUGCUCUUUAUCCACAAACUACUUGCUUUUAUAAAGCAAUUGUACAUAGUGUGCCAAAAACAAAAGACAUGGACUAUACUGUAUUGUUUGAAGAUACAUCUUACGCAGAUGGUUAUUCUCCUCCUCUAAGUGUACCUCAAAGGUAUAUUGUAUCCUCGAAAAAAAUAAGGUAAUGGCAAUAGUGUAAAAAAUUCAUGUUUGUCUAUCUUGUAAAAAUUAUAUUUGAAAAAUUGGUAUGCUGUUGA